CAUUUGGCUCCACCCCCCAAAAUGUUCCUUUCUCCCACUUUCCUUUCUCGACAAAAUACGUUUUAAUUUAUGCUAUCCUGUCUUUCUUUCCAGAUCCCAACCACAUUUAUCCGUGGGAACACACCUCUGGCACCAACGAUAAAUUGGAUUUUAGGCAUCACAACUACAAGGAGAUGAGGAAGCUGAUGAAAAAUGUCAGCGAGUCUUGUCCGGAUAUCACGAGGAUAUACAGCAUCGGGAAAAGUUACCUGGGCUUGAAAAUGUACGUCAUGGAGAUAUCAGACAACCCCGGGCAGCACGAAUUAGGAGAACCAGAGUUCCGCUACGUGGCUGGCAUGCACGGCAACGAGGCGCUGGGCCGGGAGCUGGUGCUCAACCUGAUGGAGUAUCUCUGCCAGGAAUACAAGCAGGGCAACCCUCGCGUCCGGAGGCUGGUCACCGAGACCCGGAUCCACCUGAUGCCCUCCAUGAACCCCGACGGUUAUGAGACGGCCUACAAGCUGGGCUCAGAGCUGGCUGGCUGGGCGAUGGGCCGAUGGACGUACGAAGGCUUUGAUCUCAACCACAACUUUGCCGACCUCAACACGGAGCUUUGGGACGCUGAGGACGCCGAGCUGGUGCCCCACAAGUUCCCCAACCACUACAUCCCCAUCCCGGAGGCAUACACCUUCCCGAACGCCACGGUGAGUCCAGCAUUCCUCAGCCAGUCAACCUUUGGCCUUCAACUCCCAGAAUUCCUCAGCCGGCCAUUGAGCCA